UUCAUACAAUGAUGAUCCACAUAAUCCAAUUUUGUUCCUACAUGACAUUGUCAUGCCUUUACUUUCCAACUAAGCAUCAACUAGAUAACACCGUUUCAUUCAUCAACCCAAUCCACAUCUCUUACUCUCCAUCACUCUCUAGCUAUCUUCAACACAAUGGCCUCUUUUUCAGCCACUUCUCUUGCCUUUCAACCCUCUUUCCAUUUGUCUACAAGGACCAACCAGGUUUCUUACAGAACUUCAAGUUUUGGAACAGUUUCUGUAGGAUGGACAAGGACAAACUUUCGUUCUUUGAGAUCCUCCGGUUUUCGCAUUUCUGCAGUUCAGGCACAACCUGAGACAGUGCAGAAAGUGAGCAAAAUUGUGAGGAAACAACUUGCUUUGACUCCUGAAACUGAGCUUACUCCAGAAACCAAGUUUUCAGCUCUUGGUGCUGAUUCGCUUGACACAGUUGAAAUAGUGAUGGGUUUAGAGGAAGAGUUUGGGCUUAAUAUUGAGGAGGAUAACUCUGAAAGCAUCACAACCAUUCAAGAAGCAGCAGAUUUGAUAGAGAAACUGAUUCAAAAGAAAGAUGAAGCUUAGCUCUAUGGAAAAUACAUUGAGAGAGUUGAAGUGCAACUGAGUUAGGAUAAUCAUGUUUUGGCCUGGUUUUUUGCUUAUGAGUAUUCUUUAGGAAGGGAUUUGAUUUAUUUUCGUUGUAACUUUGUUUAACUUGCUGUUUGUUGCAAGUGGUGAUGACAGAAAUGUUUUAUAAUUUUAUAAUAUGAACUCUCACUUCUAAGUCA